CCCAAUUUCUAGGCUGUACGCCCUCUUGCUUUAGAAAGAUGGUUUUGUUGUAGUUUGAGAGAAAGCAAUACUCUGCGUCUGGUACAUGUUGCCAGCAGUUUGGUCUAUCCUUAGCUUACCCUGGCGGCGUCUGAACUUGUUACGACUUUCCGCGAUCCUCUCAAACCUGGUCCUCCAACUUGGAGACUCGCCAAGCGAAUUUCCAUCCCUAAAGCCUUGGAAGAUUUCUCCCAUAACCUUUCCAGCAUUUUCUAUUAUUCCUGCCUGGGCUGCCUUCUCAUUUUUCCUGAUGGAACCUUCUUUAUUGCAAUUGCUGCACCGUGCUGGUCGCCGUGAUCUUGAUGGUUGAAAUUCUGAGUUAUUAUAUAUGUGUUAGUUAAGUAGUAGACGCUUCGCCUGUUGCCCAUGCGCCCACAGAUGAGAUACAGACAGGGAAAGCUAUUCACUAAUAUUGAUAUUCAGUUACUAAC